UAUCCUUACGUUUUUUUGUCCCUACUUUCAUUUUCAUGUAAUCAAAUCAGCCUUUCCCACACCCACUACUUUGAAAAAGAUCAAAAAUCCACUCUUUCAUUUACUCCACAGAUUCUAAUUAAAAAGCAAAAAGCUACUAACAAUGGCUGCUUCUUGUGUUUUCUUCUCCAAAUCUUGUGCUGCUUUGCUCCAUUGAAGCCCCCAUUUUCUCCUUUUUCAAGCUUUUUGAAGGCCAACAAGCAUUUAAGUUCAACUGAAAGGUUUAAAAAACUCCCAUAUUUACUCUUGUGGCCAGACACUAGUCAAGAAAUGCAGACCCCCAAAGCAAGAGCCAGCUCGUCUGGUACUACUCCACAGAAAAAUAACUCGCCUCGAUCUUCCGAGGCAUCUCAAAAGAACAACACGACCCCACCAUCUAAACUGGCUAUUACUACCUCUGAAGUUGCUCAGAAGGUUUCUCCACGAGUGGUUCGGCAGCUCAAGACAGGGCCUCGUUAUUCAGACCACACUGCAUCCUCAGCCAAUCUAGCCACUAAGCCACCGAAAGAGAGAAGUCCUAAAGUGGCCGAUCACAAAUCGCCCAAUAGCCCAGCUUCUGAGAAAAAGCGCUUGACCCGAGUCUCUGAGCUCGAGAAUGACCUCAAGCUCUUGAAGGAUCAACUCCGCUCAACCGAAGAACUAAAGGAACAAGCAGAGAAAGACGCCGAGCAAUCGAGACAACAGCUCUCAGCACUCCAAAAACAAUUCUCCAACAAACAAGAAACCCACACGUCCGUCCAAACCGAUCCCGAGCCCGAACCCGAGCCCAAACCAGAGCCCGAACCAGAGGCCCAUCAAGAAAACCAAGAAAACGAGCUGAACAAGCUAAAACAGAAUCUCUCCGAAACACUCGCCCUCGUAGAGGACAUGAAGGCCCAGCUCACCGACAGCAAGGCAUCCGAAAAUCGAGCCCACUCGUUGGCCCAAGAGACUCUAACCCAACUCGAGGCCGCGAAAAAGACAGUCGACGCCCUCAAGUCCGACGGGCUCCGAGCCGCCGAGGCCCAAACCACAUUAGCCCGCGAACUCGAAAGCUCGCGGGCCCGCAUAACUUUCUUGGAGGCCGAGCUACUGAAAUUGGAAGACUCGGCUGAAAAGGCGAAAUCGGAGUGGGCCCAGCGGGAGGCUGAGCUGGAAUCCGAGCUGCGAAAAUCGAGGUACGAAGUGGAGGAGCUGAGGGCGAAUUUGAUGGAUAAAGAAAACGAGCUGCAGGGGAUAUGGGAGGAAAACGAGAGGCUCGAGAGCUCGGUUUCUGGUCAAGGGUUGACCGAGCUGCGGAAGUCACUCGAUCGGUCGAGAGGGGAGGCAGAGGAGCUGAGGGCUCGACUGGCGGAGAAGGAGGCUGAGUUUCGGGUGGAGUUGGAGGUGAAAGAGAAGGAAAGGAAUAGUGUAGUUGAGGAAAUUGAGGCGGUUAGGGCUGCUGAGGUGGCGAGGGAGGCUGCUGAGGUGGCGAGGGCGGAGAUGGAGGCGGAGGUGAGGAGGAUGAGAGUGCAGUCGGAGCAGUGGAGGAAGGCGGCUGAGGUGGCGGCAGCCAUGAUAUCGGCUGGAAAUGAUAAUAUUAAUAAUAAUAAUAAUUAUAAUGAUAAUAAUGGUAAUGGGCAGGUGAUGGAGAGGACGGGGUCGAUGGAUAGUCAUUAUGGAAGCCCGAGGAUUGGGAAAGUGGGGUCGCCUUAUGUGGAUGAUGUUGAUGAUGAUUUGAUGAAGAAGAAGAAUGGGAACAAGAUGAGGAGGUUCGGGUCGUUGUGGAAGAAGCAGCAGAAGUAGAUUUUUCGGUAAAUCGAGUUCUUUUUUUUCUGUUUUUUUUUUGGNUGAGGGCUUGACUUGACUUGACUUGACUUGACUUCUUGCUG